AUGCAAAAGCCAACACUUACAUUGAAUAUGGAUGAAAUCGCAGAAAUAACCAAAUACUUACGAGGAUCAUAUAGCCCGCCACCAGGACUAUCAGAACUCCAGUGGCAUCGAUUCCAAAAGAAAGCAGACUUGUUUCUGCUUCGUGAAAACAAGCUAUACUACGAUAACCUGGAGAAAGAUGCAACAGGAGCACAUCUGCUGGAAGUAAUUGGCGAUGAUGAUAUUGAAAGACUAGAGAAGAUCUUUAUAGCAGGCCAUGGUAAAGAUGGCCAUCUAGCUUCAGAAAAGCUGUAUCAAACCCUUCGAAAUCAUUAUAUGGGCUUCAGCCGACAAACUAUUCGAGAUAUAGCGAGCAAUUGCUCUAUAUGCAAGAAAGAUCCUCCGAUGCAGCAUGCUACGUGCAAGUAUCCAUUAAAGCACAUGCAAGUUGACUGUAUUGAUAUGCGCUAUUGCAUGGAGUCCAACGACGGCUAUGGAUGGAUUUUGAUAAUUCUGGAUAUUUGUUCUAAGCAUCUAAUGGCUAUGGAAAUGAAGCACAAAACUGGUAAGGCCAUUAUCGAGAUCUUAGAUCGUUACUUUUCUAUGAUUCCUCCUCCAUGGAUAAUACAAAGCGGUAAUGACCCCGAGUUUGUCAAUGAUGAAGUUGCGUCUUUUAUGAAGCGUUUGGACAUUGAGCACAGAUACGGCCGGUCGGACUUGCGUACUUUGGGCCAAGUGGAGCGAGCCAAUCAAACUCUAUCUCGGAGUCUGUUCAAGAAUGCGCCGCAUGAUAAGCCCACCCGUUGGAUUGAUAAUUUGGGUGACAUUGUUAGAGCCUACAAUCGCCGAUGGCAUCGAGCUAUCAACAAAGCACCCCUUGAUGUAGUUUAUGGCUACCCGGCAUCUGAACCUCGUCCAAUCCUACCGGAAGAGCACCAAAAGGUCUAUGACCAAGAAGUCGAGCGAAUGUACCGUUGCGAGCUAGAAGGAGACUCACUUGUUGACCCUGUACUGGAAUGGAAUAAACCAGUAGAACAUCCAACUAUAAAGAUUGUCCCCUUCGUGGCAACUCCAGUAGAGGAGAGAGUAAAUGCCAAGCAUCAGCAAAGAUACUUACAUACAAUGAGCCAAAGCGGCAAGGCCCGUAACAAACCAAAGAAGUUCUCUCCCGGCGAUAAGGUUUUGGUCGCCAAAGAAUACAGUAACAACACCCACAAUAACCAGCCGACCGAUUCUAGCUUUUCUUUAUCAAGGACAGGAACUAUACUAUGCAAUGCGGGCAGAAAUAUCUGGCUGGUGGAUUAUAAGGGCAAAGAAGUACAAAUACCACAAAAUCUACUAUUAUUACAUCCCAACCAGAACGAAUAA